AUGGGUCACCCAUUCGGCUUCCUGAUCAAAAAUGAAGACCUUACGACUACAACAAAAUCUAGCACGGCAUUCUUUCCCAUCAUGGAAAUGGGAGCCAACGUCCCCUUCAUCCAUUCGAUCCUCUCCAGUUCCUUGAUGCAAGUCCCUGCUGGACCCAAACCAGAGGACAAAGUUGGAUGGGGUGCCAUUGUCAGUAUCAAAGAACGACAAGGACCUGCUGAACUCCUCCCUCAAGCACGGCUUGACCAGCUGGAAGCCGACAUCGUACGCGAAACUACGCGCCGAAAUCGACGACGCCAUCGCCCACGGGGCAGUUUCGUUCCCGGUGGUCAAAAAUCAAGACGAUCUAGCUCCCCCACACCUACAACCUUGGAUCAAGGAGGGUCUGAGGUUUUGGCAACCUCUGAAUGGAAUCCAGACCAAAUCUCACUACCGGAGAACAUCAAGAUCCAUGGUGUCCGCAUUCAUAGCGGUACCUCGGUCGGACUGAGCUAUCAUCACAUGACGACACGCAAGGAUUUCUUCGGCCCAGACGCGGCCACCUUCCGAUCAGAGCGAUGA